AUGUCAGGAGACCCGCGCGUUCCUGGUGCCGUGUGCAGGAUCAACGCCCUGCCCGACGACAUGCUCCUCCUCAUCUUGUCCUACCUGAGUGCCCGCCAGGUCGUGCAGACGUGCGUGCUGUCACGGCAGUGGCGCAACCUCUGGCGUUCCGUGCCCCGCAUCAACGCCACGUCCGACGAGUUUGAGCACAUGUCUGACUACUACGAGGAGGACACCCUGCUGUUCAAGAAGUUUGUCAACCGUUUCUUGAUGCUCCGUAACCCAUUUGCCUUGGAGGACUUCCGGCUCUGGUAUGACAUGCCUUGGGAAUCUGAUGACUAUUCAGAAGAUGCUAACCUAUGGAUCUGCCAUGCUCUCCAUUGCAAUGCUCGAUCUGUCAUGGUUACGAUCACCUCCAAGACGCUGAAGGUUCUGAUCAUGGAUAUUGAUUGUUCCUACACAUUUGAAGAACAGUGCUCUAUUUCGAUUCCCAGCCUCAUCCGCCUCGAUUACUCUACUUUUCAAAGAAUACCUCUGCUGAAGAGCAUGAAAUCACUGGAGAGAGCAUGUGCUGUACUCAAUACCUACUAUCAUACUGAGGUUGAUGAUAUCCGUCAGUUCCUCAAGAGCCUCUCUGGUGUUACUGAUUUAAACUUCAGUUACGAAGGAAAUAUGCUAAAUAUGGGAAAUAUACAAUGGUGCCCAAAAUUCAACAAUCUUACAACCCUGACAACCAGUCAAUGGUGUCUGCAUCCAGACUUCUAUCCAUUGAUAGUCUUCCUUCAGAACUCACCUAGUCUGGAGAUUCUAACUCUGGAACUCAGAGGGGUUGGCCAUACACAUCAGAGAUUCAUUGGGGAGCUAGAAGAAAGGUCGUUCAGCUGUGAGCACCUUGAUAGCGUUGAUAUUGUUUGCUGGGGGGUUCAAGAACAUGAUCCUGUGCUCGACAACCUGGUGGAGCUUCUGACUGAGAAUGGCAUAGAACCUGAUGAGAUUCACAUCAAUAUCUAG